AUGACAAUAACGAUAAAAAACAAAAUUACUGAAUAUUUACAUUCAGUUGAUCCUGUUACAAAACGUUGUCGACCAUUCGGCAUAACAUUGGAUAAAGUUACAGUGUUAAAAAGGUCGAUGCAGGUGACAAUUGUGAUAGUGAUGAUCGACGGACAGUUACCAUCUCUUUAUCUUCAAUCUCCAUUAUGUCAAACAGAGUUAACGGGGGAAGACUUAGGGAGUAAUUGUGUUCGAGUACUAGAAUCAUUUGGUUUGAAAAGAACAGCAUUAAAAGAACAAUUAACUGGUUGUGCCGUCGAUGGUGCUUAUAUUAAUUUGAAAAUCGAAAAACAUCUAUGUCGAAAACUAGGAAUGCGAGAAAAAUGGCUAACAGUAUCAUGGGAUAGCGUGCAUUUACUUGAAUUAGCAAUAAAUGAUGCAAAGAAACAAAGUAAAUUUUCCUGGUUACAAAGGUUCAUUAAAACAUGUGGUACCCUCAUGAAAAAAUAUUCAUAUGGAAAGCAAUAUGAGCAUCUACUGGGAGCAGACGAAUUAUUCGAAGAACAAAUACUACAGCCAAAACAAUUUCAUGUUACCCGUUUUGUUCAAUCCGAACUUCGUGUAUACGAAACAGUAUUAAGAGAUUGGACAACUCUGUAUUAUUUACAGGAACAAGAUUGUGUAAUGAACUCAUUAGCAGGUGGAGAUGUAAGUGCAAGAACAAGACGAAAUAUUCAUGCAGAAUACGAAGCACGUGAUAGAGAUAAUUUUAGUUACAAAAUUUCAAAAUAUUGUCACCUUUUGAAUACACACUUUUAUUUUAUUACAUUAGAAUGUGAAGAAGAGGAAUCAGUUGACUCACUCGGACCAACAAUCGAUGACGAUUGUGAUAUACAAGAAGAAGACGACGAAGAAACACGAGUUCGAGUGAUGCCAUCGGCAAAAUAUAUUGAACAAUAUUAUCAAGAUCUAUUGAAAUGUGAAUUCAAACAAUGUCCAAUCAUUAGACGGUCUGGUGAUUAUGAUAUAGAAGAUCCAACUACACAUACAAGAAAAAAAUUGAUCGAAUUAUGUCAACAAUUAGUUGAAACAAUUGCAACACGGUUUCGAGAGAUACCAUCUAUUUUUAUAUUAAUGAAAUAUUGUUUAGACGCUUCACGUUUAUACGACCAAGUGAUAUCAACAGGUAAACAAACAAUGAUUGAUUAUGGUAGAGUUGAAUUACAAGGACUUAUUCAUUAUACGCUGUUGAACUCAGAACAUACACAGAUAGAUGGAAAUGCUAUACAGGAUCAAUACUCCGAAUGGAAGCGACGAGUUUUACGUGAAAUUAAAGACAAGGAAACCAUGGACAUUUUGACAACAAAUGGAAAAUUGAUCACAUCAAAAGAGAUGAAAACAUUUUAUACAAGUAGAGAUUUAUCCGACGCUAUCAUCGACUUUCUCUAUUUUCAUUCAUUAAUGGUACUCAAAAUUAGAACCGAAGCGAUAUGUGAAACAGCAGCGUCAAUUUUAAAAGGACAUAUACAUGGCAAUCGUUCGUUAAAUCAUGAUCCUUUAGAUAGCGAAGUAAUGCUCCAUUGGAAUGCUCCCCCUUUACAUCUUGCUGAUUCAUUUAUCAAACAUUCACUGAAUGACAACUUUAGCAGCCAGAAGGAAAAAAAUUGGUUAUUUUCCAAAAAAAGCGACCAAUAUCAAAUAUGGAAACUUAUAUCACCUGACUCAAUUGUGCUAAAUCGCUUGAGAAAAAAACAAGUACCAAGAUUACCAGAGUUAAUCGAUGAUCAAUAG